AUGCAAGCACAGCCCGCUAACAGAGGGCAACAAAUACACAUCAAAAAGAGCGUAAACGUAUACAUCUCCGCAGCGGCCAAGAAAAUUGGAAGUACGAAUGAAAAUGCCGCGUGGGGAAUAGUAACGGAUACAGCGCUCGAAAAGACACAACAGCAGGGCAAAGUAGUGAACAACAUAGCUACUAUAGAAGUAGCGCUACUCACUGCCUUAAUAAAAGUGCUUGAGGAAAACGAGCCACACCAUCUAACAAUCUACACAACGAGCAAGCUGAUCGCAGACUCGCUACACAAAAAGCUUAACAAAUGGGAGGAUAACAACUUCCACAACGUGGGAAAUAAGGAACACUGGAAAGCCGUACUCUACCGCCUAAGAAAGCGUACUGGGGAAACCUAUGUACGCUGGGAGAGUAGGGAGGAUCGCAGUGAGGAAAUGACCCACGCCCACGACAUUGCCAAAAAAGCACUCAAAGAGGAAGAGGCUUGGAGCGAACCAAACCUCACAAUUGAACCAGAAUUUGAAGUGUCAGGAGCCAGACUUCAGACCCUCACGCAUAGGACGGCAUACAACAUCAUUAAGGAGAAAAAAGCGGCCAAAAUCGGUCUGACUUACCAAGACGAAAUCACGCUGAGGAAGAUCAAAGGAGGACUGAAAAAGGUUCUCAAAUGCUAUCCCACAGACAGCACGCUCUUCCUCAACAAUAAGAACGCCCCCAUAAACAACAAAAUCAAAGACUUCCUAUGGAAACUCCUCAACAACAGGUUGAAGACCGGCACGUACUUCAAAUACAUGCCCGAAUGGGAAGACAAACAGUACUGCUCAUGUGGAGAGAUAGAAUCUCCAGAACACAUUCUUAUGGAAUGC